CUAAUGUAGACGAGCCUUUAGAGAUUUUUUGAGAUGAAGAAAAGGGGGAAAUACCCGGGAAAUUACCAAAAAUUUUCAAGCGAGCAAAUAAUUCCCAGGAGUUCAGCUUGUCUCACUGAAUAUCAGGCCUAGGCAGGAAUUGCAAAGAUUUGUCUCAAGCAAGAUUUAUUAGUAAAGCUUAUCAUAUAACUUAAAUUAUAAAGAAAAAAGAAAAAAGAAAAAAACUUUACAUACUACCUGCCCCUAGUUCGACAUUGUCAUGGGUUUGUAGCCUUUACAGAUCUAGAAAGUAACCUCACGUUAGAAGUCAACCAUCAGAAACAUUGAAUUAAAAAACACAACAAAAGAAAACCGGAUCAAUUAUUACACCGUCUCUGUCUCACCGACCGCGUCCUUCUUUUCGGCAUGCAUUUUUGAGCGCAUCAAUUGCUGCGGAUGAUAAUGUCUUAAAGUUAAGUUGCAAUUAAAUUGCAUACGAUUUCGAAUGUGUUAUGAAGAAAUAUUUCAUCCGCAAUACCUUUUGUAUAACGAAAAGCACAGCAAACGAUGGAAGAUACUGCAAAAUCUGAGGAUAUCGAGGCGAGUAGUGCAGCUCCUGGAAGUUCCCAAGCGAACCAAAUGUUUCUCGAUGUAAAACCUUCGGUAGACAAUAAGAAUACGCAGGUUCGCGUUGUUAGAGGUACUAAAAAGCUCAAACCUGAUAAUAACGAUCCUGCCAAUAUCGAGAAAAAGGACGUGAAAGAUGAGGAGACAACAGAGGCUAAGGUCAGGCCUCUCAAACGUUCCUGUGAAUUAUGGUCUAUGGAGGAUAAGAAUACCUUUUUCAAGGCGCUCAAUGAAUAUGGGAAAGACUUUGAUGCUCUGCAGAGCUACUUUUUGAGUCAGGGAAAAAAGAGGGGCCUGUCCGAUGCUAUUAUAAAAAAUAAGGAACAAAUUCGACAUUUUUAUUAUAGAACUUGGCUAAAGAUAUCAAAGCAUCUCAAGUUCUCAGAAGAUGUAAAAAAGACCGCUCAGGAAUUGUAUGGGUUGAUAAAUUAUGGUGAACUUAGAAGGAAGCUACCUCGUAUUCAUGAAAAGGUCCACUUGAGAUUGAACGAACUGGUAUAUUGGGGAUCUACUCAGGUCAGACUUAGAGGAAAGACUAUGAGAAUCAAAACUCCUACAUGCAGAGCUCUUAGGAAGCUAAAUCAGUUGGAAGAUUGGCAAGAGGAAAUUAAAUUGCCAUCUAGGAUAACAGUAGAACUGAGACCACGCAACAAUAUGGCUUGGUGGCAGGUACAAGCAGCAUCCAUGAAUCCGCGUGUACGAACGCUUCUACCGAUACAAAGACGCCUCUCCACUUUGUUGAUAUUUUUACAACAACGGUGGCGACUCACAAAAUAUGCUACAUGCACCACUGUAGAAAAUCUCAUUGCCAAUGAUGUAAAAGAUACUCGAUUGUUAAGAGUUGCUCCCCCAGAAGGAUGCAAAAUUGCUUUACCGAUGGUAAAUCUUGGAGAAUAUCUCACUAGCAACAGCCUCAGCUUAAAUUCAUAUGAGAAACGUCUCGGCUUAAAGAGCUCGAGAGUAGAUUUGUUGGGAUCUGUUCAGCAUUUGAAGGGAAUAGGAAAAAAGGGGAUCAAACGGUAUAAAUUGGAUAAGAAGAUCUUGAGUCGCACAGAUGAAAAUUGCGCGCUGCCAGAUACCAGUAGCGACAUAGACCUCUUGGAGACGGGGAGUAGCGUGUCCGAUAAAUCAGCAAUUAUAAAUAACACGGAGAAACCAUCGUCUGAACAGCAUUCAGAGCCCAGCAGAUUCCCAGGUAGAGAAACCGUCGAUAGAAUUCGAAGGGGAUGGAACGUCGAGGAAGCGAACACGAUCACUAUGGGCGAUCUCUUCUUAAUGUUUGGUCGCGAAUCGAAAAUCGCAUUGGAAUAUUGGUGGGAUUGGCUACCUAGCGAGCAGUGUACAACUGAUUCAGCCUCAUCGAGCGUCGUGCGCGACGAUAAUUUAUGUUUAGUCUUACAAAAGUUAUUGUCACUGGCGAAACAUAAUUACGGCACAAACAAGGUGUAUGAUAACACGUCUGGAAGCAACGAAACUAUAAUCUCGUCUCGCGUUCCAUCCAUUAAGGAAUCUAUAAAAGAAUCUACGUUCAGGAGACCUCUCAUUCCACAAGCGUAUCAUAAGACUGGCACAGCUGACGCGUUCAAAACGCAACUUGACAAAUUCAAGACGCGCUUUUGUAAACGAGGUAGAACCGUGAGACAGAAGAGCCUCGUGAUACAAAGGGUACCGCCUAUCGUAUCCUCGCCGAGUAUAUCAUCCGAAAGUUUGACAACCGAUGAUCCGAGCAAAAUCGACGAAUCUUCAUUGUGUCAUACGCAAACUAACAAAAUGGUAGCGGUAAAUACGAGCGAGACCCAGAACAAGAACUUUCUAGAUGCAUUGGAGACAAGCGGAGAUGUGAAAAAUUCCAAUUCCAUCAUCACCAGUGCUACUCAAAUCCUCAAGGAAGGUGAACACCAGUGGCUGAACAGUGAGGUCGCAGAUUUUUCAUUAAGUAGCUUCCUGGGACAACUUGAAUCACCCAUAAAAAGCUCACAGAGAAGUCAAGCGGGCGAACAAAUCAUGGACGAUGCACGUCCUUCUUCCGAUGUUGUAUCGCAUAUGCAAUGCCUCAUGGUAGAAAACAGUGUGGAUUACAUGGCAAAAUUUGCAAAUCUGGCUUCGCAGAUAGCUUCAGACGAAAAUAAGAAAUAGAUAACUCGCGGGAACUUGUGCACCCUUUUUCCAGAUGAAAACUCGUAGGAAAUGUAACAUCACUGAUGAGUCGUCGUGAUUUUAAAGUGGAAGUAUAGAAUAGUUUUGUAAAUAUGCGAAACCAUCGUUGCGAAGAAACGAAACAACGAAUGAUACAGUAACCGCUACUUCCGUCAUCGUCAUUAUAUCACGUUGGUUCCCUUUCCUGAGAAGAAACCGCCAUCACCGUGUUAUCCUGAGGUGAUAAAGAACAAUCGACGCGAAUCAUAGAGAUACGAGGGGAGAGCUAAUUGCUCCGUUGUUUUAAAUAUCAACUUUACUGUUGAUACUUUUGUCGUGUGUAGGAAUGUAUUACAUUGUCAAAUAUUACGACGACGGACAUGUGAGUGACGACGAGUACGUGAAAAUUCACAAGUAUGCAUUCUUACUAUAUAUUCGGCGAAAUGACAAGUUGAGUGUUCACAUAAUUCUUUUCUUUGGCAAUGGUCACGCUUUGUUACAGUUUGUAAAAACGCGCGCUCUUUUAUUACAUUUUCUAAUAUUUUAUUUAAAGCAUUAAAAAUGCUCAUUAGUUUGGAGCGAGCCUCAAGCUAAUGAGUGGAACAUCCCAGCGUCGUCAGUGUGGAUGCCUGCGUUCUUGGAAACGACGGCCUACAGCCUUUCCUCUAGAGAGUUGCGAAAUACACAUCAAAAUGAUUCAUAGCGCUUACGUCCGCGUGACCACCGACGUGUGUACGUUUAUCUAGAAUCCGCGUUAGCUGCAGGUGCAAUUAUCCGCACAGACGUAAGCGAUACGUACUCUCUUGGGUAAUUUUCCUGCGAACUGAUUGAUUAUUCGACCAAGUUGAAUAUUUCCCAUUAAUUGUAUGUAGUUGCUACAACUAAAUUCCGUACUGGGAGUUUCCCUGUUGGCUACGCGAUUGAGAAUACGCUAUGUAGUAGUUCCCUUCAGUGUUAUUGCAUAUACAAAAGAGAUACAGGGGACCACCACGGUGGUCCCCUGUAAUAAUUUAUCUAUCUACAUUUUGUAUCGCCCGACGAAAUUUAAUGUUGCAGCUGUAAUUCUUCGUGAGAUAAUGUGUGUAUUGUAUGUUCUGUGGUGUGCGCGCGUGCCCAGAGAGAGAGAGAGAGAGAGAGAGAGGAGAGGAGAGGGAGAGAACAAACUUGAAGAUAUCCAUCUUGUUAUUGCUUGCAUGCAUUUUUGUGAAUUUUUAUCAUGAAACGUUAUGCGUGUGUACGUGCGCGUGUAAAGUACAAGAAUUAUAAUAUAUAAAACAAUGAUAUGUAUAAAACGAAUAAUAUAUGACGGUGUAAGGAAGAUCGCAGCUGUACCGACGUGCACAACAUAUAUCUACAAGAUACAUCAUGUUGUACUAUAAAUAAACUCAGGCAUAGGCGCCUCUACUGCGAGAUACAAAA